AUGACAAAACUGGCCGGAACGUUCGUCCCCCGCGCUCCCCUCUCCGUCAACGGACCAUUCAUCGACGGGCCCUUUUUUGCUGCCUGGCGAGUUUUCUCUACGCAACUUGAAGAGAACAAGGGUGAUCAAAUGAACAGAUGGAGUCCGAUGGGGGCGGAAGUGAACCAUCAUGGAAACCCGUCAACAUAUUCUGCUGACAGAAAAAAACCGCCCUUCCCCCGCUCAUAG